AUGAGAGGUACCCAUCGAUGUUUCGUCCGGGGCAGCACACUGGGGCGAUGCGGCGAUGGAGGAGUAGGUGCUGGAGGCUGAAGAAGCUGGAGCUUUGGUGCGGCGAUGGGGAAUGGGUCCCAGCCCUGCGUGCUGUGAAUGCAAAAGCUAUGGAGAUUCGCUCGCAUUAUACCCAUUUGCUCCAACGUCACUCUUCCUGCUGUGUCGUCUCGUCCCCCACCCCACUUCUUCCCUACAUUUAAUCCAGUUCCAGGACCUCUGUCACUCUUGGAGGACGACGCCACACAAGUUUAGCAGCUCUCUCCCCUGUUUGGGUUUGUGUUUGUGCAGUGGGAAGACAACGAGUGGAACGAAACAAGGUUGGUCUUUGUCAGGUCCCCAGGGAUUGCGUAGGGAGUCGGGAUACGACGCAUUUCGAGCUAUACUUGUAGAGUUUCUAGAGCGGUGUGGUGUUGGUCAUGGCGUUGCAAUGGAAAUAACGGCUGCUGGAGCUGUAGAUCUUAGUCGCAGGAGAGGUCGUGGAGGUAUCAGUGUUAAAGAUUGUGAUAAGCAUUUGCCAUGGGCUGUACAUCCUCUUCACAUGCUGCAGUGCACGGCUCCAGAAACUUGCAGACCCACUCCCAGACUGAGGUUUUGGAUUCUAAGAAUCUGCGCAUCAAGCUAGUUCUGUUGGGUGACUCGGGAGUGGGAAAGAGUUGCAUUGUCUUACGGUUUGUGCGUGGGCAAUUCGACCCCUCGUCCAAGGUGACGGUUGGCGCGUCGUUUCUUUCUCAGACAAUUACAUUGAAAGAUUCUACCAGCGUAAAAUUUGAGAUAUGGGACACUGCAGGUCAAGAACGGUAUGCCUCAUUAGCGCCGCUAUAUUAUAGAGGUGCAGCAGCGGCGGUUGUAGUUUAUGACAUCACCAAUCCAGAGACAUUCUUGAAAGCUCAAUUCUGGGUUAAGGAGCUGCAGAAGCAUGGAAAUCCUGACAUUGUAAUGGCUUUGGUUGGCAAUAAAGCUGACCUCGAAUAUCAACGUGAAGUUACUCGCGAGGAAGCACAGACAUAUGCCGAUAGUAAUGGCAUGUUCUACAUCGAAACGUCGGCUAAAACUUCUGACAAUGUGAACCAACUUUUCGAGCAACUUCAUGGCAAACUGAAGCAAACAACUUUAGUAGUUCGAAGAAGCAAGUACUGCACUUGAAUAUGACUCAUUCGUCUUUAAGGCUCUUUCUGACACCACUGACUGGCAGCAAUGCACUGAGGGCGAUAUUGCCAAGAAGCCCAAGCAUUCAAGUCUGUACAGCCCGUCGAGAAAAUCUUUGUCCAAGGUUCAUCAGUUUCGCAGAAUACACCCCACGUCCCGGGCCUGAAAUGGUUGUGUUAUCUUAUUUUGACAGGAGAUUGCCAAGAGGUUACCUCGGGGACAAUCAAGCUUGUCGAGGCACUGAGACAUUCUCUAGAGCAUUUUUUCAGUUUCUCCAGAAUGCCAGAGUUUGGUGAUUGUCGGUACACAUUGUCAAUAGCCAACAAUGUUGCUAUUUAGCUGUUUUUGUAAUGUACAUACAUAUAAUAAAAUGGAUUUCUUUGGUUGGGUUUUUCUGCUUCAAGCCGCAGAGACCAACAGGUUCUAACAAUCCCA